ACACGACCAACGCCGUUGUCUGGCGGACGUGUUGUCUUUGUUCAAUACUUAGAACCAGAGAAACCAAAAUUCACUUUACAUUGAGCUCCGACGACAGUAGAACAAAACAAGACUACCAACGGAUGAAAAUUCUGAUUAAUAAAAUAAUUCCAAAAACUCUUUAUAAAUAUUUUUUGUGUCGUUUUUGUGUUCCGGCAAAACUUUUAUUUCAAAUUAAUUAAGUUUAUUAGCGUGUUUAGUGUUAUUUUCAAACAACAAUCAAAAAAUAAAAACUAAGGUGUUUCGUAAUAAAGGAAAUUUUGAUGGAAAAGAGAAGAUAUCUGACCAUUGUCUACUACCAUCAACAAAGUGAAAAAUUCUAAGUCAGCGACCAUGGACUUGUUAAGAAAUAUGUGUGUUAAAAAUUUAAUAUUAAUUUUAUUUUAUUACAACGGUUCCUAUAAUUGGAACAACAAGCUGUAAUUUUCCAAAACAUAUAAAAACUCCGAACAAAUCAAACAAUAAAAUAACAAACAAAGAAGUGAAAGAGUUCGAGUGCGAACAGUGCGUUUGUAGAGGAAGGCCCUUUUUUAAUAAAGAAAGCCCAAAGUGGGUUAUUUAAACAUAAAAAAAUCCAUCGAAAUUUUCCAACACACAUCUAGUGGUGAAGUGAAUUAAUUCUCUAGUCUUAGGCACCUACCCAACACAUAGACAAAAAAAAUAUAUUUUUUGUUUAAUAAAAUCCCAAAACACACAAGCCUUUGUUCGCGAUAAUAAACAAACAUUGAGUGAUUUAAAAUUUAAUUACGCAUUAAAAAUAUUAAAAGAAGGGAAAACCAACAACAACUGAAAGACUAUCUUGCCCACAUCAAUCCUAAUCUUAAACUAACAGCUAAACAGUGUUUGUCUGCCCUUUCCGCGCUCAAAAUAAUAACAUAACAUUCACCGGACGUGGCGGCAAACGUGAUUAGUGAUCGCAAACGCUCUAUUUCCCCAGCACCACGCGCGCGUUCUCUCUCUCUCUCUUGCUCACCUUCCAACGUAAACAAAAAUAUCAAAAAUAAAAGAAAAAUUAUUGUAAAAAUUUUCUAUCGCGUGUUUCCAUGCAAAGAGAUUAGCAAAACAAAACACUUUGCUGGGAGAAUUUUUUCAAAACCAAAAAACAAAAACACAAGUGAUUUGAGCGGAUUUUUGCCUAUAUAUACAAAAGCAUCUUAAGGCCUCUGCAUGUGAACGAGACCCUCAGUCUUAGUUUGGCUCUUGCUUAAACUACAACGGUUUAACUACAACAAAAACUGCUGCGACUAGAAUUAGAGAAAGUGGUACAAGUGUAACCCCCUCUUAGUGCACUUUGAUCGAUCAUACGAUUGUACUCUUUUUUUCUGAAAAUCGUGCAAGUGAUUAAAAAAUAACCAUUUCGAUGUCGAUAAAUUCGCCAAUACAAAGGCUAACGGACCUGAAAUAAGCAGGCAAAACAAAACCUCCCCAAAAAGUAUAGAGCAUCCUCGAGAUAACUCAUCGAAAAUUUCCAGAGAAACAAAUACAAAAAAACAAUUGAAGCAAGUCAGCUGCUUGCUUAAAAGAAAGACAACAACAGUUCAGAAAAAAUAGCGAGUGACUAUUGUUGAAUCAUUUCGGAACUUUGUUACGCACACACUCAUCACCAAAUAUUGGAGAGAAUACAUUACAAUUUUCGUGUUUAGCAAUUCAAGGAAAAGACGAUAAUUGGAUAUUGGGGCUUUCGCCGUUGUAUGGAGAAUUUUAAACAACCAUCGAGUUUUGGAGACGAGCCGGGCCUGGUGAAAAAAGCACAGGGCCGGAAUAGUCUGCAUUUUAUUAACGGCACUGCAGCUGCCAACGGCACUGCUCCGACCAAUUCAAUUACAUCAAUUAACACGCUAACAGGCAAAAUUAAUCUAGACACAUCAUCACUUAAUGAUUGCGAACGGGGCUAUGUGCCAACGGUUGGACGUUGGGGGGCCGAAUGGCCUAGUUGACUCGCCGAAGCCUUGGUUCGACAUGCCGGCGCCGCCGCCGGCAACCCCGGGUUAUCGGCGGGAUCGAUACGGACUGGAUUGACUACAGCCAUCGAUACUGAUCAAGAUAAACCCAACAAAAAUGGAACUGCACUACCAUGCAGUAACGGUCAUAGACAAAACAAUGACUCAACCGAUGAUGAUGAUGAUGACGAUGACUACGGCCAUGAGUAUACAUGCAUUGGAAAUGAACCACCAUGCAAUUUGACAUCAAAUCCAUCGUCGGAACGAUGCAUUAGCAUCAACAAACUGUUGGAGGAGCAACAUCACAAAUGGUGGUGGACCACAUAUGAGAAAGAGACGACGUCAUCCGCAACUAAUGGAUCGUCGCGGCCACCAUCCUCCGCAGGUUCGCCCGAGAUGUGGCAAGGCAGAGAUGGCUAUAAUUUUGAAGCUUUCAAUCAAACCAAUGGGGUUUGGCCUCUGGGCCAUCCGCUGCCCCUUCCGGAUUGGGCUAGUGCUCAGGACGACGACUCCCCCAAAGGUAUCCUACACUUCGAUUCCGUUUGGCAGUAUGAAGAUUUGAUUGCUAUUAUCGAAACGAAGCUGCAACGCAUGUUAGAGGAGACCCACUACGACACUAUUCAUCUAUUUAAUGCAUUCUAUGAAGCCUUCAAGCGAACUCGUCGCUCGGAUCUAAAAUCAUUUUACCAAUUCUAUGACAUACCCAUUAAUCGUCGCCAUCACAUGUGCGUAUCACUGGCCAUGGAGAUAAUGGCUCGCAUAGUGGAAUUGUUCCCAGUGCUGCAACACUAUCUAUACAUAGUAUCGUGCGAAGAACAAGUGGCUUCUCUAGCGGAAUACAUUGAGACUGCCGAAGAAGUGGGAGGCCUCAAUUCUCCCCAUGCCAACGUAGAGAAAGAGCACGCAAUGGUGGCCAUGAAAAUAAGCAUUAGUGGACGGGAAGGCUUUCUGAUUUUAGAUCCGGGAUAUCAUGUUGGACGUUGUGUUACCAUAAUGAAGGACCAAAACUAUCCUAACACAGGAUGGUUUACACAAUCAAAAGAAGCACAUAUCCAACGCGAUUACUGCUACAGUUACAGCAAAUAUAGUCCCAAGUAUGUGGAGUGGAAGGAACGCGAAAUUCGAGGAGAUGAAACCAAUUACAAAUCUUCAUUGGUCUAUGUUGAACAGCCCUAUGUAACAGCCAUUGAUGUGACAGUGCGUCGAAACUUGGUAUACAAUUUUAGAUCUUUGCUAUCGCGUGAUGCCAAAGGACGGGUAUAUGCUGGUAUAUAUUUACCGUUGGUCCCCAACACCAAUGAAGCCCAUUUCACACUAUUCUACGAAGGUUCAAAUUCUGAGCAAAGGGUAAAAGCCAAGUUUAUGUUCAAUAUCUUCAAGCACCCGAACAAGAUACCAGAAAAUGUUUACCAACAUUUGGAGAACAUGGCUCCCCAAUUGAAUAUGCCCAUUAAGGAACUGUCCAAGCUGUUGAUAUCAUUGGCCGAAGCUGUAAUGGAUCAAGACUUUAUUCAACAAGUUUUGACCAUCAAUGAUGACAUUGGCAAUAUGUCAACAAAUUGACAAUCAAUUGAUGAAAAAAAACCCAUAUGCUCCGCAGCAACUGAAACAUCAGAAAAGCCUCCAUUAAAGAAUGAUUAAAUCGUAUGUGGAGUUCCCAACUAAA